GUCUCCUCUCCACCCACCACAACCAGAAUAUACCACGUCUCCUCUCCACCCACCACAACCAGAAUAUACCACGUCUCCUCUCCACCCACCACAACCAGAAUAUACCACGUCUCCUCUCCACCCACCACAACCAGAAUAUGCCACGUCUCCUCUCCACCCACCACAACCAGAAUAUACCACGUCUCCUCUCCACCCAUCACAACCAGAAUAUACCACGUCUCCUCUCCACCCACCACAACCAGAAGAUUUCCUCUUGAGGACUGCUGAAUAUGUCAGGAAUGCUACUUUGGAGCUCUCUUUACAUUUUGAUGCUCAAAAUGGAACCCAACUCAAAGGUGAAUAUGAAGACACCUGUCAGUUAUUGAUGGAACAGUGCAGCUGCACAACAGAGGAACAUGACACAAGCAGCCAGGGGAUCCAUCAUUGGGAGCCACUUCUCAGCAGCACUCCUGGCCAUGAAGAGAGUUAUGAUGCUGAAGAGGGAAGCAAAGUAAGUUCUGACACAGCAAAACACCUUUGUGAGGAAUGGGACCCAGCGGGCCAGGUUUCUACCAUUAAAGACUAUCUAAAGACACUUGAGACUGUUUGUUUUCCAUCUGAGUACGCAGUUCUGGAUGGGAUAAUGGAGGAAAAUGGUGACAGUGUUACAGAAACUGACCUGCAUGUCGAUUCAGUGAACCAGGAACUUGGAAUGAUACCUCGAUGUGACAUGCUAAGCACAGGGGUCAUAGGUGCGAUGACUGGUGAGUGGAUCAACAACUCGCCCAAAAUUGCCAACCUACCAAUACUCCACCUUCCUGCAGAAGCUAUACCUGGAACUGUUCUCUUGCAGGCUGCCAAGGAGGAUCCAGCAGUUGAUCACACCGACGGAACUGAAGCACUACUCAAGAUUGAAAACAAUCAUGUGGUCCCUUUCACCUCAGUACCCAAUGAUGCUGUCGUCCCAGGAUCAGAUUCUAACCCAGAGGAUGACACAGUACGGGACCGAGAGGAGGACCGAUCAGUCUCAGUCAUGCCAUCUGCGGCACACAUUCUCUCUGACUGUGUGCCAGCUGGGUUUGACACAUUUGAAAAGAUCCAGCUCUGUCCCCUUGACACCAAUGGCCUGGAGCACAGCCCUCUCCUCAGCAGCUCGCCCAGUCAAACGUUUAAAACUGAGUUCCAACACCACAGUGCUGGUGGCACUAUGCACUCAGGAGAGAGUGAUGAAGAGUACAUAGCAGAGGAAGAAGAGGACCAGUGCCAAGAAGAAGCUGAGAAGGGAUUUUUUCACUGUGAAAACACCAAGUUUAAUGAAGUUCCUGUCCCCGACUUUAUCUCACCCCAAAUCUCUCCAUCAUUGAGUCCAGAAAUGCCUAUUCUUUUCUGUGAAACUUCCCAGUUUGAUUCUCCCCCUCAGACAAAACUCCCAACUCUCACCUCUGACAAAAACAUCCAUCCGGUCUCUGAAACCCAUGACUUCCCAGAGUUUGAAAUAAAGGAGAGGUUCGACAUGGUCAUGGAAGAGCUCAGUUUGUAUUUCGAGAUCAGUGACGAGGCAGGUUAUCAAUCAUCCAAAAGAGCAACAUCUGAACAGUGCAGCGUUAGGGACCCUGGGGCUGAGGAGGACAACACUGAUUUAAUGACACGGAGCAGUAGUGACCGUCCAAGCAGCCAGGUUGCAGUGGAAGACAAACCACGUGGAGGCACAUUAAUGGGAGAUGGUGACCACGGUCUGAAAACAUAUCAAGCAGAACCACAAACUACAUGUACCACUGGGGGCCUUGACUGCGAGCAGGAGGUGCCUCUUGAAUGCUGCCAUCACAGCACAGAGGGAGAGGACUCCAUGUACUCUUCAGUCAAGCACAAAGAUCACUCCAGGGGGCAAGGAGCAGAUGAGAAAUGCAAGCUGUGGUCUCCUGCGUUCAUGUUUCUCCCAUGCCUGGACCAGUUAAACCAAAGAAAGCCUGAGCAACCAAAAAGAUUGGAGCCUCUGAAAACAUGCACACGUCCCAUCAGGGUUGGACUCUCCAAGAAGGCUAAGACUAAACAACUUCACCCCUACUCCAAGUGAGCACUUGAUGAAAUGUAUUUAUACAGGAUAUGUUACCUUAUUUUAUUUUAACUUCAUUUACACAGGGAAGUUCACCUUGAGACCCAGUUCUCUUUUACAAGUGAGCCCUUAACACAUAAAAUACCUUCGUCUUUAUAGUAUAGUAUUCAUGGGUUUAACUCUAGCUCUAUGCUAUACUAUUGAAAAUAUAAGAGAUUAUUACAAGCCUUACUUCAUAUGAGAAACUGAGCACUUCAUGUAAUGUAUUUACAGUGCAUUCGGAUAGUAUUCAGACCCCUUGACUUUUUCCACAUUUUGUUACUUUACAGCCUUAUUCUACAAUUGACUAAAUAGUUAUUUUGCCCUCAUCAAUCUACACAAAA